AACCGCAUCUCUGCGCAGGGUGCUGGCAGAUAAAAAGCGCUCGCGCGCUCCGCGUCUCCUGCCGCAGUAGUUGUGUGGGUGAAGCGGUGCGUCUCCCGAAGAGCAGCCCGGCGUCGCCAAGUUCUCUGCAGAAAGGAAUCUUCUCAUUAAACAAGGUCACCGGCCUCGCUCUCCUGCCGUCAGCAUGAUGAAGGACUGCCUGCAGUUCCUCAUAGAGCCGGCCAAAAAGCUCAAAAUACGACUCAAGGAGUCCCGUAAGCGGGUGCGACAUGAAAAGAAGGAGGCGCCGGUGGAAAGCCAGCUGUUUAUUAUGGAACUGGCCCGAGAACUCAACAAAAUCUGUCAGAGGUCGGGCGUCCUCGGCCACAUCUGGACCGGCGAGGACAUCUGGCCGGCCAGCGUCUGCCGCGACUUCAUGGUGGAAUGGGCGGCUGUGCUGGAAGAGCGAGUACAGUCAAGAAUCAGCCCGUACGACUACCAGUACGAGAAGCCAGAGAAGAAAGACUGGAAGGGUCACCUCCUGUGCAUGCUGGAGGCUGGGGGGGAGGCCGACAUGGGGCCCUACAAAAGGAUCAUCAUGGACUGGACAUGGGGGAUUAAGAGCAGACCUCAGCCCACCGUCUGGCCGGGCGAGCCCGUGCUCAUGAUGCUGGACGACCUGGAGUUCCAGUGGAAGAGGGGCCGCCUGGCCAACCUGCUCCCAGCCGUGGAGCUCGUCAUGCUGGCCGUGCUGAACGCCGACAGCCCCGUGAAGGAGGACGUGACUAAGCAAUGGCUGGUGAGAAGGCAGAGGUGCCAGAAGACCGACGCUGCCCGCUACAUCCCCCACAGCGUGUGGAAUUGGAUUUGUGACGCAGCAGAGGACGUGACCCUGGACUUAGGCUCGGCCAACCCUGACCUGCUCAUCUCCAGCGAUCAGAAGCGCAUGCGGUGUGGCCUGGAGCACCGUGUGGCCCCGCGGAGCCCGCGGCGCUUCGACGGCUGGUGGUGCGCCGUGGCCCAGGAGGGCUACACCUCCGGGCGCCACUACUGGGAGGUGGAGGUGGGCGAGCGGGACUGGCGGCUGGGCGUGGCCAAGGCGUCGGCGGCGAGGCGGGGCUUCCGCUCGCUCAACGCCGACACCGGCUACCUGAGCCUGCGCCUGGAGAGGGGCGCGGAUCUGAAGGCGCUCACCGUCCCCGCCACGCUGCUGACCAAGAGUGCGGUGCCCAGGAAGGUGGGGGUGUACCUGGACUAUGAGCAGGGCCAGCUGUCCUUCUACGACGUGGAGAGGCGCUCGCAUCUGUACACCUUCAACGAGAAGUUCAGCGAGGAACUGUACCCCGUGUUCGGGACCGUGGAGGUGGUCAAGGACCUUGUGAUCAGGCCUCCAAAUGUCAGACACCCGUGCCUCUGCCCUGGGCCCUGCCUCUGGAACUGAACUCCCUCCA